UACGUACAGCUACUUCCUAUAGCAAGUAUUAUUCUAUUGGCAAGGAUAUGCCAUACGUUCAAUGCAAGAAUUGUGGCGACACUUUUUCUGUAGGAAAGGAUGGCUUCUUUGCAAAAGUUUUUGGCCCUAGUACACAAACAAUAGAAAAAUGCAGUGGAUGUCGAGAUAGAGAUGAAAGGGAAAAGAAGGCUAAUCUAGAGAGGGAAAAGCAGAGAAUAAGCUAUGAAAAAGAAAUGAAAGCUAAAGAGUUAGAUGCAAGGCUAAAGCAGCAGAAAGAAGAAAUGGAAUUGAAAAUCACUCUGGCUAAGAACGAGACAGAACGGCAACGAAUGCAACAUGAAGCUGAUCAGCGAAUUAAAAGAAUGAUGAAUGAUGCUGAUCAAAAGAAAAAAGAAAUGGAACUUGCUGCACAAAAGGAAAUGAGGAUGAAAGAAAUGCAAGCAGAAAAGGAAAGAAAAGAAAGGGAACUGGCAUUUCAAAAAGAGUUAGAAGAAAAAAGAAGGGAGCAAGAAAAGCAAUUGAAAAUGGAAGAAAUUAGAGCAAAAGAGCAAGCUGAUUUAAUGAAGAUCAAAACUGAUCAAUUAGUGGAAGAAAAAAAAUUAGCACAUUCUAAAGAAGUGACCGAAAAGAAGCUUGCAGCAGAGAAAUAUCUUAAGGAUCAAGAAUUGGCAGAGCAGAAAGAGCGAACCAAAAUGGAGCUGACUUCCCAGGAAGCUAUUGUAAAGAUGCAAACCGAGACAGAAAAGGAAAUCAAACAAAAAGAAGCUGAUACAGCAAAAGAAAUAAAUGAAAAGAAAAUCGAGGCUGAAAAGGAAACCACAAAAUAUGUCACAGAGAAGCAAUCUGAGACAAUUAUCCAGACAACUGAGAUGAAAACCGAUGCCAUCAAAAAAAUUGAGGCAGAUAGAAUUGCAGCUGUCCAAAGUGCAGAAGCUCAAAGGCAGCAAUUUCUACUCCAGCUUUUAGAGAAGCAUCCCGAUAAAGCAUUGCAGCUUGCUGAUAAAGUACUGAUGAAUUCAUCUGUUUAUAGCUCCGGAGUAGCACAUGAUGCAAUUGCUAAAGUUCAAGCUAGUGCACCAUCACAAAAAGCGAUUGAUUCAAAACCUGAAGAUGAUCAAGAAACUCCACAAGAUACCAAUGAAAAUGAGGAUGGAAUAGAGAAGAAAGAUGGUGAACAAGGAGAUUCCAAAGAAUAAAGUGAUGAAGCAAUAGAAGCUCGAAAACAAUAAUAAUCUUACAACUUUAUAGUCUAUAAUAUUCUAAUAAUUAUAGGUUUAG